GCAUGACCGCGGGUCAACUCGCUUCUGAGCUGAAGCGGACAAGUACAAAGAGGCUGCUGGUGCUGCGGACGGGACGUGCUGUGUGCCCUGGGGAUAAAGCUGAACCUUGUAGAGGUUUGCGUGAAACUCCUACAUUAUCCUGGCUGUUAUCCCCUCAAGGAGUUGGAACUUUAAAGCGAAUAGUUGAGUUUUUAAAAGAAAAAAAGGGUUGAAUUCAAGUCCAAGACGAAGAGGAGCCUGUGACACACUUGGCGUCGGGUUGCAUGCUUAUCUGGACUUGAUGCAUGGCAGCUGCAUGACUGCAGUGAGUCCUGUUGUGGGACUGAGAGCACACAGCUGCAGCCAUGGCUCAAACCAUGCACGUGAAUGGCAACGGCCCAGAAAGAACACAGAGAUGCUCGAGCACAGGAGAAGAGAAGGACUCUGUGGCCCCCUACUACGUUGAAACCCCUUACGGUUACCAGUUAGACCUGGACUUCCUCAAAUAUGUUGACGACAUUGAGAGAGGCAACACUAUUAAGAAGCUGAGUAUCCAGAGGAAGCCCAAGGUGGCCAAACCGUUGGCGGCGCCUCGUGGCAGCGCUGGUGUGGUCGGCGCCCAGGCUGAAUGGACCUCCACAGAUUCCCUUUCUUCUUCCAACAGCGACGACAAGCAGUCCCCAGUCUUCUUCACCUCCAGGUCCCAGGACGUUGCUCCUCUGACCCCAACCUUCUCCAGAUCGGCCUGUGAGGUCCCCCUCCAUCAGUCUUACUCUGGCAUCUUGGAGCAGAAGCAGCUCCUCCCACCACCUUCGCCCCGCUUCGUCCCCCGAAACAACCCCCAAGUGGAAAAGACUCUCAUGGAGACCCGCCGCCGGCUGGAACAGGAGCGUCUCCUCAUGCAGCCACUCAGCGAGCCCCCGAUGCCCCGCCGUCGUCUUGCCAGCUUCGGCGGCAUGGGCUCCAGCAGCUCGUUGUCAUCUUACUCGGGCUCCAUCGCUACGAGUCAGAUCUCCCCCAGCACCCACCAGCCGCAGCCCAUCAAUGGUCAUCUAUCUAACGGGGAGUAUAACCCUUACUACCCGCCUUCCAUGGGCAGCUCCAUCCGCCACAGCCCCAUGAGCUCCGGCAUGGCCACCCCAGUGACCAAUGUCAGCCCGUUACACCUGCAGCAAAUCCGAGAGCAGAUGGUUGUGGCCCUGAAGAGGCUGAAGGAGCUGGAGGAGCAGGUAAAAACCAUUCCAAUCUUACAGGUGAAGAUUGCCGUUCUGCAGGAGGAGAAAAGGCAACUGGCAGCUCAGUCGAAGAAUCAAGGCUACACAGGCUUCCGCAAACGCUCCUACAGCGUUGGCAGUGCUGACCAGAUGGAGAACACGGGCCCGAUCCAGAAGGAACCAGAGCUGCACAUCAUGGAGCCAGAGGCUCAGGAGCAGAGCACUCAGCGGCUGGAGGAGUUCAGACGUCUGGCAGCUGAGGUCCAAGCUCUGGAGAAGACGACCAAGGACAGCAGCGUGACUGAGGCAGAGCUGCACAACCAAUCGCGCCGAAAGUCGAUUGGCGUUGUCACAGAUGAAAACAUGAACAACUUUUCUGCUGUGCAUAAGCAGAGAAAGGAACGUCUCCGGGAUGUUGGCGUGGUGACGGAAAAGCUGGAAAAGCGGAACGCUGCGGUUGUCGUGACUGAGGCCAUGCUGGGAGUAACAAGUGAAGCUGAGAAAGAGAUCGAGCUCCAGCAGCAGGCAAUCGAAGCCCUGAAAGAGAAAAUCUACCGGCUGGAGGUGCAGCUUAAGGAAACCACUCAUGAAAUGGAGAUGGGAAAGCUAAAACUGGAGCUUCAAGCGGCUGGAGGGUCAAACAAGAAAAGAGCCGACAAAGGUUUGAUGGUCCGGCCAGAGAUGUACAACGCCUGCGUGGAGGCCAAGGUCCAAACGCGCAACCAGGGAGUGGGUGACCAUCUGGAGUUUAGCCAUGUUGGGACAGAUAAAACUCUGCAGACCCAAACUGUGGGGGUGUCUUGUCUGCCCAGUUUGCAGAGCAUUGCUACAGGACCGGAGAUCUCUAUGGACCAAUGGGUGGUGCAUGAACGCGUGGAGGUAAACGACCAGUGUGUGGGGAUGCGGGUGGAGACACGCCACCAGCAGGUUGGCAUGGAACUAAGUGUUUGUGAGGUGGGAGUAAACACAGAGGAAUCAGUGGACAGCUUGGCCCUCCGCCCAGCCACGACGGAGCUGUGCAAAGAGUCUCGAUCAGUCGGCUGCGGGGACUGUUCGGUGGAUGUCGUCGUUUCUCCUGUCAAGAUGUUUGUGUCACGGGGAACUGAUGCAGGCUGUGUUAGUAAAGUGGACUCUGGAGUCAUGGCUGCUCCUGACUCAGCAACCCAGCACACCAACACUGACACAGAAGUCACAAGUAAGUCUACUAACACACACACAGCUGACGUAACCGACUCGUUCACUGAUAUGGAGCUGAGUACCUGUGAUAAGCACACCAACACGGCAGCGACUGAAACCAGGACAGUAGCAGCCGGGGAGGGGCUCGUCAAAGAUGUCACAUCAGCAAAGAUGCGUUCAAUUGCAGUUGGCACCAUCACAGACGUGUCGUCAUUCCUGAGCAAGUCAUCCUCAACUAAAACCAAAGAAUGCGGGGUGGGGCCUGUUAACAUCCACGACAACUUCUUGAUUGGUUUAAAAACCAGAAACAUAGCGUGCGGCCCCUCCCAAGCAGCCGAAUCUUUGACUGCCGUCAGCAACAAGGUGACCAUGGAGGCGAAGGCUACAGAGGUGAAGGGCAAGGCCUCCCCACAGGGCACCAUCGGGCUGGACCAUUACAUCGAGAGGGUGCAGAAGCUUCUGCAGGAGCAACAGAUGCUGCUGGCGGAGAACUACAGCGAGCUGGCUGAGGCUUUCGGCCAGCCUCAGUCCCAGUUUGAGUCCAUCAACAGUCAGCUGGUGAGCACGCUGUCAUCCAUCAACUCUGUCAUGAAGUACGGAAGCGCCGAGGACAUCCUGAAGCUGCAGGCCGACUCUAGCGGAGAGAGCACCCAGCAGCUCCAGGUGCCAACAGUUCAGACAGAGUGGUCACAGAUGGAGAGGACUUCUCAGAGUCCGACAGUAGCUGAUAAACCUGCAGAUAAACCUGCAGACUCACCUGCGCAGCAGCAGCAGAUCAGUGCAGCCGAGCAGAAGAGCCGCAUGGACCUGCAGAUGUCUACAGCUCUUCAUGGACAGCCAUGCAGUCAGAACACCCUGAAAUCUAUCAUGAAGAAGAAAGAUGGCCGACCCGACUCCAACGGCACCAAGAAGAACCUGCAGUUUGUUGGAGUCAACGGAGGAUAUGAAACUACAUCAAGUGACGACUCCAGCUCAGAGGACAGUAGCUCUUCUGGCUCGGAGGAAGAAGAUGAGGAGGAGGAUGAAGAAAAGGAAUAUGGAGAAAAAGAAGUCAAGAAAGUGGAGGGAAGAAGCAACAGGGAGGAGAUCCAGACGGAGGGAGCAGAGGAUGUAGAUAAGGAUGAAGAGACGGGUUCAGAGAAGGAGAAGAGAGAAAGGCACGAGUUAAAUGAAAAGAUGCUGGCUGCCUGCAACGUUCUCAAAACUCACCUCAGUGACCCGAAGGCCGUGAGCAGUAAAGAUCUGAGAGCCUGUAUGAACACAGUGCAGCACGAGUGGUUCCGCGUGUCCAGCCAGAAGGCGGCAGUGGCGGGGAUGGUGGAGGACUACCUCCGGGCCUUUGAAGCCGUCUCACCGGCGGUGCUUCGGCACAUCGUCAACAUGGCCGAUGGCAACGGCAACACGGCGCUGCACUACAGUGUGUCGCACUCCAACUUCCAGGUGGUGAAGAAGCUGCUGGAUGCAGAUGUGUGUAACGUGGACCAGCAAAACAAGGCAGGAUACACACCCAUCAUGCUCGCUGCGCUCGCCGCCGUGGAGACGCCCAAAGACAUGUGUGUUGUUGAGGAGCUCUUCAGCAAGGGCGACGUGAACGCCCGAGCCAGUCAGGCUGGUCAGACGGGGCUGAUGCUGGCGGUCAGCCAUGGCAGGAUGGACAUGGUUCGGGCCCUGCUGGCUCACGGGGCCGACGUCAACAUCCAGGACGACGAGGGUUCCACUGCGCUGAUGUGCGCCAGCGAACACGGUCACGUCGAGAUCGUUAAACUGCUGCUGGCUCAACCCGGUUGCAACGCCACGCUCAGCGACAGCGAUGAGAGCAAUGCUCUGUCCAUCGCUCUGGAAGCAGGACACAAAGAUAUCGCAGUGUUGCUUUAUGCCCAUGUCAACUUCUCCAAAGCACAGUCACCGGGAACGCCCCGACUCAGCAGAAAGACUUCACCGAGUCCAACUCGGAGGGGCAUGUUUGAUUAGACGCCCCUCUCCUCUUCCUCAGCUCACAAGUGCCGCGCUGCUAUUGGUUCUCGCUGAACGACACCCUCUUCACUGCCGGAUGAGGAACCUGAUCCCGACCAACCAAUUUACUUGCCUCUAUGAUGAGCCCAAAGUGCCCUUUAAAUAUGAAUGUAACCAGCUGCUGCCUCACGUCCCGUCAGGUUCUAGCUGAAAUGUUUGAACCACCAACCAUCAUUCACACAAAGUCAACAGAAGCUGCCAUUUUUUUUUUGUUUUGUUUUUCCUUUUUCAGCCUUUUUUUGUUUUUUUUUUUUUUAGUUGUAAAGCUCAGUGUUGAUCAUUCAGGAGCUCCAAAAUGGAAAAUAACCCAUCAUGUUAGAGGAAUUAAUCCUGUAUAUAUUUUCCAUUUUCCAGUCUGACACAUGUACAACUCACAUGGACGAACAGACGUUUCUUAGGCUGGAGAAACUGUACUUCCCUGCAAAUCCUUUGUAUCUAUUUAAAAAGAAGAAUCACAGUAUUUUGAAUAUUUCCUAUUACUCAACAAUCCAUGAAGUUAUAUAUUUAUCAAAGUAUAGUUUAAAUGCAGAUAUGUAUUUCAUUGUACAUACGGUGGUCAUAGUCUAGUAGUUUUUUUGUGACUGUGUCCAGUUUCUUUACAUCACUCUGUCAUGUGUAAUAUAUGCUGUCUGUCUCAGUGUUCAUCAAGGUGCUGACUUUCAUCUUCAAAUGAGAAUUGAAGUGCCUGAAACUUUGCCUUGUAACGAUAAGCGUCGAUUAAAGUCUAAAUCAGC